UUGAUGUGAUGAAGCAUGGGGAUUGGAGGCGUCAUAAAGUAAAGUUACAUAUCAGUCUUGAGUUGUUACAAAAUUGUUUCAUUAGAUUUUAUGUUUUGAGAUCAUAAAAAAUAGCGUCAUUAAUCAAUUGUGAUAGUGAUAACAGUAUUUCAUAUAAAACUUUUACGUGCAAAAAUGUUCCCAAGUAAAUAUUUUGUGUUGAUAUUUUUCAUUUUAUACAAUUUAACCAGAUUGAGUGAAGGUUAUUACCAGGGUUACAAGGAAUUAUCUGGACUAGGGACUAAUUUUUUUUUAAAAGCUAAAUUAAUUUAUAAGGAAUAUAAUCCAAAUAAUUAUGGAAGUAUUGUAUUUGAAAAGUAUUGGUUAAUAGAAGAGUCGGUAUUUGGCGAUGAAAAAAACAGUAUCGUUACAUUAAUUACCGAAGAAGAGGAAGGAAUCGAAACAAAAUUGUUUCGUGAUUUUAAAACUCAAAACAUUUCAUUGAUCUGUGUUCAAAAUGAGUGCGGACGGAAUGCUGAUUUGUUGGAUAAAAAUUUAAAGGGACUCAUUCCAAGUAUAGCUCAGACUGUGAAAGCCGCUCUGCUGUUGGGACCUUAUCGUAUGAUAUUGUGUGAAACUAGUGAAAACCAGCUGUAUAUUUAUCGUGGAAAUUGGAAAUUUGAAACGGGAUCUUAUUCUUGUGGUACUUUGUAUCUGGCCCCAAGUUUUACAGAUUCCGGUCGGACUAUUAAAUGCAUGGGAAUGCGUGAUAGUAAUAACAAUGAAUUUGUUGAUGCAAGAUUUAAUCGUGUAAACCUAAGUUCAUGCAUAAAACAAACUGAGUCUUUGGAAAAAGCAAACGUAUCAACAAAAGGUAUUUUCCACAGAUUCAAUGAAUCAAUUACUAAAUAUGACGAAUUGAAAGUUGAUAAAGAACAUAGAACAACCAAGCUUUCUAUCACAUCAUUGGAUUCAGUUACCUCGGUCGAAAUCAUUAAUGAACGAUCCUACCUCGAACUAUUUGUUUAUGACCGUAAAUUUGGUUUGAAAUACAUUCCAUCUGGUCUAAAUGAAUGCACCAUUGAAUCAAGUGGGGUUGAUGAAGGAUUCAAUUAUGUUGCUUCAGAAAAUUAUGCGAAGGCGUUUGCAAAGGAACUUUAUUUUCCUAAGAAUCCGGUUAAAUCACACAGCAAAAAAUUAUUGGUUGAGACUGAACACAAUGUAAUGGCUGGUAAUGUAAAGUUUGAUUUGGCUGUAAAAACCUAUUUAGAGCCACAUAAUGCCUCAAGAUUUGCAGUGGAAAGUGGAAGACUCGAAAAUUUCUGUGUUCAAAUGGAUCUUUAUUCAAAAUCCUUUCCAAAUGAGAUUUCUUCUAAUUUCAAUCUCACUGAAGUUAGAGUGAUGUGCUUACUAGAAACCUCGACUUAUUUAGACGGAGAUGAGUUACAUCGCAUAAUCAGUUCAUAUCAUCAAUGUUUCAAAGACAGAAAAAACAAAAUUAUUCUCCGUUUAGAGAUUUCAUCAACAAGUAAAACAGAUUAUUUGAUGUCAGACAAAAUUCGAAAAUUGCAAGCCGAUAUCAAUCAUGUCAAAGAUGCACUGCGAAGUUUGCUCAUUGACAAAUUGAAUGUGUCAUUUUUAAGAAUAAACUGGAUUAAAUUGAACUUUUCCGACUCAUAUAUUGUGGCAAAGGUUGAAAUUGUUGAUUCAUUUGUUACCUACUUUGAAUCAAAGAAAGGAGUAUCACAUAAAUUCAACAUCAAAUCAUCUGAAUCUGGUCAAAUUCAAACAUCAACCAUUGAUGAAUGUUUACGUCUUCAAGCUUUUAAAGCCAAUCUAAGUUACGUUAUAACUUGUGAAACUGACUAUUAUUUAUGUCUUGGCAUUGCUGAUGGACAUGCAUUACCAGAUGAAGAUAAAAAUGGAUUGGAUUGUAUGUUGUACAACAAUUCAGAUCAAAGUUUAACCAAACUAAAGGCAGAAGUUCCUUUGGAAGAAAUUGAAAAAUCUUGUCUCAAUUUACAAGGAAGCAAAUUCAACUAUUCCGAUGUUGAAUUUUUUGUUGUUGAUGUUACGAUUGGAGAUGGUAUACGCUUUUAUAAUCCAGAAAAGACGAAAUCAAACUCAACUUCCCCAUUUUUCUUAAUAAUUUCCAUAUUGAUCAUUAUAAUAUUUUUUGCGUUCGGAUCAGGUUAUAAACUGUCUCAAAACCGAAUUCAUCCUCUUCGCGAUUACGUUUCGCUUAAAUUAUUAAAAUCAAGCAUCUGAUUCCUAAUACCAUUGCAAUAGCAAAAUCAAUAAAAAUAAUGCUUUUAUUCAA